CACUUUGCAUCUCGGUUGGACAGGUUGAGAGAAACAUGUCAUUAAGGUGUUGUCAAUAUGAGCCCUUCAGGUGUGGGCGUUCCCUAGGUUUGUGGUUUUAGACUUUCAAAAGGGCGGACUUAUUAUUGGCUGUGGGAUCAAGUUCGUGAAACUGGUCUUGUAUAGGUUGAAAAAUGCCUUCCUAACAGGAGGCGCCAAGGAGCUUAAGUGUAACUCACACACAGUAAAGAAAAUGACGAAAGUUCCUCCGGCGUUUGAUUUCAGUUUCUUAAAUGACGAAGAGGCCAGGAAGAUCCUUCAGGUGCUGGAAAGGAAUGAGGAGUUACAGAGGGCCGAGAAGGACAGGAUCAGCAAACUUCAGAAGACAAAGAGGGAUAUCAGAUGGCUUCAGGGAGUGACUGGUGAAUGGUUUGAAGAAAUUCAAAGAAAAAAGUUUUGCAAUGAAACAGAUGUUAGCCAAAUGUUAAAACAACCACUUACAUACAGGCUAAGGAAGGAGAUGGCAAAAAAUGAUCCGAUAGAAUUACCUACAUCAAGAUCUAAAAAUGUAACUAAUCAAAAAAAGCCGACACCUUUUUCUUCCCGGAUGAGCUUCAGAUCGUCAUUUGCUUCCCUGUUCUCAUUCAGGAAAUCUGGAAAGGAGACUUCAAAGCUUCCAUCACUGGGACAGAAAGGAUGUGACGGCCACGCAGGACCUCCUAUGCCUGUGAGGGGAGCUGCUGUGCAGGCAAAAAUAUACAAUUCACCUCUGGAAAAUCAUCUAGUUGACAGUACAUUUGUCCCAAAGCGAGCAGUCAUGAGGGAGGAGAGUGGCAUGCCUCCACCGUGGGAUGCUUCACUGCUGGAGAAUGAGUUUUUCCAAGUUUUAGAUGACUUGGAUAGCAAAUUGGCUCAGGAACAGUCUGCAAGCUCAGUGAAUACCAGAACACCCCUCAACUAUGGAUCAAGAACACAGUUCGGUCACUUUUAUUCCAGUGGUAACAGACAUGGUAAUAUCACAGAAAGGCACAAAAAACACUAUAAUGAAACUUCCAAUAUGUCUAUCUAUGACAUCCUAAGACCAGGAACUCCUAGGGAAGGUUUUAAAACCUUUUCUCCUAGGACAAGCACAAUUUAUGAUAUGUAUAGGACAAGGGAGCCCAGAGUCUUUAAAGAAGAUUAUGUGCAAAAGAAUACUUUUGGCAGUACUUCGCUGUGUUUUGACAGCAGGCAACGGUCGGCCUUACCAGCCACAGGGCAUUUCACAGCAAGAAGCUUACAUUUUCCAGCCACAACUCAGAGCAAGAGUGGGUUUAUACCACCAAGGCACCAGCAGAGUCCAAAGAGAACUCCUUUAUCAUCCAUCAUAUGGAACAGAUCAGAUUCCUCUAGAGACAAGGAGAACCAGGAAGAGUUCCUGAGGGCACCAUCACCAAUGGAAAUUGAUCCCGCUGACAAAUAUGUGUAUCCCAGGGGUUUUCAGGAGAAUAAGAGAUAUGAAUCGUACCAUUCACAGAAUGUUUACCAACGUGUUAGUUUAAAUGCUCCCAUGGAGAAUGCAAUGAGUCCCGACACUUUUGAGAACUCAGAGAACAUGCCAUUCUACCAUCAAAGCAACACAUUUGCCAGAUCUUUCUUCAGCAAUACCUUUGGACGAAGCGGAGAACAGAGGAGAUUUGGACAAGGUCCUUUUUGGGGCCGAGAGAAAGGACAUUCUUUCUGGUCUGACUUUCAUCGAAGCAGGAAAUCAUUCAAUUCUUCUGACAGAGACUUUGAAAUGAUUUCCAUGGAAGCAAAUAGUGUAUCAGCCAUUCAUGGCCAUAAUGUUUCUUCUGAACACUGGGAAUCAUUUUCUUCUGGUUAUGGAACAGAUGUUUCCAGAGGCCAAGAAGAGCCACAUCCCUGGCAGUUUGAUUUUCAGAGAUCCACACUGGAUAGCAUGGUGGUAUCACAUGGUAAGGAGACCCAGUUGACUCCUCAUUUUGGCACACCAAAUGUUUGCUCCAUGACUGGUUCAAGCUAUCACGUCAAAUCUAGUGAGUUGGUAAGUCAACAGGACAGUUCUCCUGUAGAAGUACAUAUAAACAAAGAAGCUUGCUCAUUUGGAAUUGCUCAGACUCUAGCAUCCUCAUUCAAAACUUCCUUUUCCCAGAUUUCUGAUGACAGAAGGAAUCCUCAGAGUCCCAACUUGCAGAAUCCCACAGUCACUUUGCAGAAAAUUUUUCCAAAUAAGCCUGCCUCUCAUCCAGUGAGAAGCCAUACAGAAGUCACUGUGACCAACAGCAAUUCAGUUGACUCUCUGCCUCUUGCCAAAAGCCAGCCCAAUAUCUUGGUCACAGAAGUGAAUAAUGAGAAAGACUUAAAUGAAUCUAUUUCAGAAGACAAACAGCUAAGCAAGAUGGACCAGACAAACAAGGCAGGUGAAAUACCCCAACCUGUUUCACAGACAGGGAUCUCAAACUCUUUACCUGAUUUUCAAAAUCCCUUAUCCCAGGACUCAGCCAAGAGCAACGGGUUUGGUUUUAAUGCAUCUACCAUAAUAAGUUCAAAAAAGUCACCCAGAGUCUUUUCCAGGAAAGAUACCUCCAAAAUGUAUAUACCGCACACAGAUAAAUCCAAUGACAUUAAACAAGAUAAGAGGUUUACUGAAAACAGAAAACUUGGCUCAACAGCUUCCCUUCCUUUCAUUCAGGAACACAGAACACCACCAUCUUUCCCCAGGACAGACCAAGGUUGUCACCAGGAAUUAACUGUAAAUAAUGAAGAUAUUUCAAGAAUUAUUACAAAUAACCACUGGAGCUCUGCACCGACUGAUACUCAAAAUGCACAAUACUCAAAAUGCAAGUUGACUCCUGGCCACAAGACCUCGUGUGAUUCUUUAGAUCUGUCAUCAGCUGCACUACCAGAUUCCUCACCAUCAAAGAAUUCUUCCCUUGAUGCUCCUGUGGUUCCAUCUACUACAGUGUUCUCCAGGAGAAGUCCUUCAGACAAAGAUCCAUCGCUAGGAGAAAGAGAAGAAAAAGACAAUGCUGGGAAGAACCAAAAGAAUCAGUUUAUUGUAAGCCACUCAGAAAACCAAGAGAGAAAUGAUAGUCCUGUGCCUACACAUGAUGAAGUGGUUGAUGUCAAAUGCCAUUCACACUCUCCUUUUAGGAAUGAAAGAGGAAAAGGAAAAAUAAGGCAUCAUGUAUCCUGUAUUGAAAAGUUAAGCAAAACAGAAAGUAUAUCAGUACCCACCAGUGAUCACAGGAGCCUCACUGAAGCAAAUCAAAGCGAUUCCAAAGUUUCUGAACUUGACACAAUUUAUUGUACCUUGCCAAGAAAAUCAAGCAGUUUUCUCAUACAUGGCAGGCAGUCAGGAAGUAAAAUAAUGGCUGCUUCAUUGAGGAAUGGGCCACCUCCCUUCCAAAUCAAAAAUAAUGUGGAAGAUGCAAUGGGGAACUAUACGUUAAACAAAUUUAGUCCCAGUUCUCCUGAGUCAGCGAAUGAAUGUUCCAAAGUCCUUUCAGACUCAGCCCUGGAAGCACCUGAAGCCACAGAGAGAAUGACAAAUGUAAAAAGCAGUGGAUCUACUUCUGUUAGAAAAGGACCACUUCCAUUCCUCAUCAACAGGGCUAUGUCAUGUCCCUCAGGGGAGCCACAUGCCUCAACUGGAAGAGAAGGAAGAAAAAAGCCAUUGACCUCAGGCACGGAUGCUUCUGAGCUAACACCAAGGGCUUGGGAGAGAAUCAUUAGCCCUGUGGAAAGUGACUCAUCUGUUAGAGAUUGUUCUUUAACCAAAAGACAACACCAAAAGGAAAACUUCCAAGAAUACACUGAGAAAGAGGGUAAAAUGGCUGCCUCCAGGAGAAGUGUAUUUGCUCUUUCAAAUGAAGACCCUUUACCUUUUUGCUCAGACUUGUCAGGAAAAGAACGUGGGAAAACAUUACAUAAAGUUAAGACAACUAGUACGUUUUCUGUUUCUGGUGAUGAAGAUAAUGUAAAAUGUCUGGAGGUGGUCUCAAUAUAUUACACUCUACCGAGGAAACCCAGCAAAAAAUUCUGUAACCUCCUUCAACAGUAUACACAAAAUACUAAUUUACUUAUAGAAUCACCUCAAGUGGAGACUGAAACAUUUCCUAACGCUUUAGAAAAAGACAAACAGAAUUAUUCUACACGAGAGCAGUCAGGAACACCUUCAUGUGAAAAUCUAAAGAUGUCCGUCAACUCUGAUCAGAUGCUCACCACUGAAAAUAUGACUGCCUUCCGAUUAUCAAAUAGGGGGCCCCUAGCUCCUACAUUACAGGAAAUGGCUUCUGUUGAGGCAGCUGUUUCUCCUCCUGAAGAGGAAUCUAAAGCUAGAGAGAUUUUUUCAGAUAAUUUAGCUAAAACACCUCUAGGUGAUUCAGAAAACAAGAAGGAAAGAGGCAAAAAGUUGCAAAGUGAAACCCUGCAUACUUUAUUGAUGCUUCAGAGAAAAAAUGUAUCCGAAGAAAAAUCUGAAAAUUGUCAACAAUCCAUUAAUUCAAGUAACAGUGGUCCCUCUAGUCUUCCAGCUCUUUCAGAAGUUAAUAUUGGAAAUUCCCAAACUAGAAGAAGUUCUUGGGAGUGUACAGGGAGUGGUAGAGCCAUUCCAUUUACUGGAAGUGGCAAGUGUCCUCAGAAAGAUCACACAUCCACAGCUGUAGGUGAUGGCUCCAGUGGAUCACAGCCUAGGGAAGGCAGAGGGGACAUUGGAACCAACUGCCAAAAAAUGACUAAUAAAACACUUUCUCACUCAGAGAGUCAAGUCUUUGCCCUUACUCCAGCAUUGCAUAAACUACAGCUUGGUGAGGAGACUCAGUCAGAUGAACCAAACUUAGAGAGUCUGCAGUCUGAACCAAGAGAAUUACCUCAAAGAAGUCAGGAGGCAAAUAUGACAGAGAGCAGGAAGGCUGAAGAUGAAAUGCAGAAGUCAGCUUGGGAUCAACCUUCACUUCCUGAAGGAAACAAAAAUAAAACCAACUUGGAUGACCUAGUAAAGGGGGAAAAUAGAUCUUCAGUUAAACACAGAUUGGCAGCCAUGUCUAAAGCCAGCAGAAAAUUCCCAGCUAAACAUGUAAGCCCCAGAAGACAUGUAGCUACUAUCUUCCCCCAAAGUGGAAGCAGAUCUGGCUUUGACCAUUUAUCUCUUGGCACAGUGGAGUGCAAACCACUGUUCCCUGAGCCUACUCCAAAAUCUGCAGAGUCCAUUGGCGAAAGCAGGUUGAGUGAGGAUGGAAAGAAUGUGAAGAAAUCCGAGAACCUUCUCCCCAUUACUGUACUACCCAACAGAGAACCUUCUACACACGUCAGCAACCAGAAGUCUAACAGCAUUUCACAACGACAUCAGAAUGAGUUUAAAAACGUCUCAGAAUCACCAUCAAAGCAUGAGAAUUCUAAAGACGUCACAGCAGCUCAGAAUUUAGUAAGAGAAUCAGGAGCCCCAUCACCCAUCACAUUCACCAGCCUCAGGGAAGCAGAAUUCUCUGACAAUCAGAGGAGGCUGAGCCCUCCUUUUCCACUGGAGCCUGCACAGAAAUCUAGAGUAAGCAUUCCACUGGCCAGUUUUCUGCAGCAACAAAGGAGUGCUUCAUCUCUGGAGUGGGAACCUGAGCCACACCUCUAUCGUUCAAAGAGUUUAAAAAGCAUUAAUGUUCAUGGUGAUCUACUACGAAAAAGCCAUCCUCCAAAAAUCAGGGAGCGCCAUUUUUCUGAAAGCACUUCUAUCGAUAAUGCCCUGAGUCGACUGACCCUUGGGAAUGAAUUCUCUGUCAACAAUGGGUACAGUCGAAGAUUCAGAUCUUUUUCUGAACUCCCCUCCUGCGAUGGAAAUGAAAGUUGGGCUUAUCGCAGCGGGACAAAAACAGGUCCCAGGUCUGCAAUAUCUAUAUACAGACCUAUCGACUAUGGGAUCUUUGGGAAAGAACAACAGUUAGCUUUCUUAGAAAAUGUAAAGAGGUCACUUACACAAGGAAGAUUAUGGAAACCAAGUUUUCUUAAGAACCCUGGCUUCCUAAAAGAUGAUUUGAGGAACCCUCCCAACCCCUCAGAGUCAUUAAGCUCAAAUUCUCCCAGUAGUCAGGUGCCAGAAGAUGGCUUAUCUCCAAGUGAACCACUUAAUAUCUAUGAGGAUGACCCAGUGGACUCAGAUUGUGACACAGACACAACCACAGAUGAUGAAUACUACCUGGAUGAAAAUGACAAAGAGUCAGAACUGUGAGGCUUUUUCAAUAAAAUGCUUUACUUUUUUCACCAAAAGCUUAUAAUGGAACUAAAGUGUACGUGUGCAUGUGCAUGGAAGGAUAAAAGAUCUAGUCUGGGCAGUGUCUGCUCUGAAAUGUCCCACAUCUCCUUUUUUUUUCCUCCACACCCUAUAUAGACACUUCCUGAAUGCUAGAACAAUGAAUUCUUGUUUUGAGAGAGUCUCUGCUAUUUUCUAUCUCUGUAAAUGUUCUUAGCCUGCCUUUCCACCACUCCCACUUAAUCCCUGAUUCACUGUCUGAUUUGGGCUUUCUGCUUUACUUCCCUCCUAACAUUUUUCAUCUUUAAUUGUGAUUUACAACCCUAAUAUCCCAGGCACAUACAAAACUUAUGAAUUACCCAGCACAACUGUGAAACUCUGUAUUGCUUCUUCCGGUCCACACCCUAUACUCAUGACAUUAAAUAAAAGGUAGGGAUGAUAACAGUGGGGUAAAUAUUAUCAUCCUGUUUGACUCAUGAACAUUUAGGAAGUUUAAGGUGGUGAUCUCUUUCAAACAAAGAUAAAGGAAUUUAUUUUUUAACCUGAGAAACUGAUUGCAAAAAGGAAAAAAAAAAGAUAAAGGAAUUUUCUAAGUACUUCCUGUUAUAUCCGUAGUGGAGCCUGGGAGGCACAUGGUCAAAGCACAUAUUGAGGUUAUAGAUUAGGACCUGAAUCCCUAGUAAGCCAAUAGAAGGUUAGCAGUCCUAGAAAUUCCUGUGAAACCGUGGGGGACUGGCUGGAUUAUUAAAGGCUUUUAGUCAAGCCAAGGACUUAGGCCAGGCAACCUGACCAUACAGAAAGUUGCCUGGUCACAGAAUUUCUGCUUAUGAAGAGAACAUAGCUGAGGAGCAGAGGUAGGAAGUAGGUAUCCCUUCAUGGGACCGACUUACCUUUACUGCAGUUCUCUCAGCAACUGGCUUUUCCCAUUUCCUCAGAUCUAUCCAUUUUCACAUUUUCUUUUUUUUGUUUUUGUUUUUUGUUUGGUUUUGUUUUGUUUUUGUUUUUUGGAGACGGAGUUUUGCUCUGUCACCCAGGCUAGAGUGCAGUGGCAUGAUCUGGGCUCACUGCAACGUCCGCCUCCCGGGUUCAAGCGAUUCUCCUGCCUCAGCCUCCAGAGUAGCUGGGAUCACAGGCGCACCCAGGCGCACGCUGCCACGCCCAGCUAAUAUUUUUGUAUUUUAGUAGAGACGGGGUUUCACCGUGUUGCCCAGGCUGGUCUCGAACUCCUGAGCUCAGGCAAUCCGCCCACUUCAGCCUCCCAGAGUGCUAGGAUUACAGGCAUGAGCCACCAUGCCCAGUCUUUUUUUGUUUUGUUUUGUUUUGUUUUUGUUUUUGUUUUGAGGUGGAGUCUUGUUCUUGUUGCUCAGGCUAGAGUGCAAUGGCAUGAUCUCAGCUUACUGCAACCUCCUCCUCCCAAGUUCAAGCAAUUCUCCUGCCUCAGCCUCCCAAGUAGCUGGGACUACAGGCACCCACCACCACACCUGGCUAAUUUUUUUUUUUUUUUUUUUUUUUUUUUUUUUUUGGUAUUUUUAGUAGAGUUGGAGUUUCACCAGGUUGGCCAGGCUGGUCUCAAACUUCUGACCUCAGGUGAUCUGCCCACCUCAGCCUCCCAAACUGCUGGGAUUACAGGCAUGAGCCACCGUGCCUGGCCCACAUUUUCUUUAAUUGCAAGGUAGAACACUUCUUUUCAGGUGGGGCAUUUUAGUCCCAAAUAUCAAGUGGGAACCUUGGCCAAGUCCCUAAAAUGCCAUCAAGUCAGAUCUGACACCCUGGAAUUCAUUCUUUGCUGCAGGAUCAUCUACGAAACCCUUGGGAAAUUCUAAGGCAGAGCUCCUAGGGGCUUGUCACUAUGAUUCAGUGAUUUAUCUAGAGUAAAUCACUUAUGAUACCCACUGAUAUUUUGGCUUUCCUAACUCUUUAUUUGCCAUGCAGAACCUCGGGGGAUUUCUCUCCUAAUUCAGGAUAAAGACCAAUAGAUGGCAGUGAAGAUAAUCUGCUUUAACUACAGACAGCAUGGAUUCCUGGAUCUCAAUACUAUGAUAGUCAACAUGAGUGGAUUUUAUCUUGCUUGGUUUAUAUUUGCUUCGUGACCUAACCUAAUUUUCCAUUUUUUAUACCUAGUCUGUUUCAUCAUUAUAAACUAAGAAUAAUGAUAGAUGUUGGUGAAGUGUAUAGAGAUCUGGAACUGAUAGAGAGUUAAGAAAGAACUAUGUUGUUAUUAUCCUUCUAAUCAUUCCCUUACAUAGACGCAAAAUGCGUGGGUUACUUUACAUGGUUCCCAUGCAACUCAAAGCUAAUGAACAUGCGGUAACUAACAUGAAAGCUAUUCCCUAAAUCUGUCAACUAUUUUAAACUUCAAGCUCUGACCAAUCCUGAGCUCAGAAAGCUCAAAAAUCAAAUAUUGUGAACUUUUCAAUGCAAAUUUGUAUGGUAAAGAAUAAAUAACACUAUUUCUUGGUUAAUAUAUGUUUGUAAAUUCUGCCUUUCCUCUUUUUCUAUUUAUCUGAUUAUUAUUAUUAUUAUUAUUUUCUUUGAGACAGAGUCUCACUCUGUCGCCCAGGCUGGAGUGCAAUGGCGCGAUCUCGGCUCACUGCAACCUCCGCCUCCCAGGUUCAAGUGAUUCUCCUGCCUCAGCUUCCCGAGUAGCUGGGAUUACAGGUGCCCACCACCACGUCCAGCUAAUUUUUGUAUUUUUAGCAGAGACGGGGUUUCGCCAUGUUGGCCAGGCUGGUUUCGAACUCCUGACCUCAGGUGAUCCGCCUGCCUCAGCCUCCCAAACUGCUUGGAUUAUAGGCAUGAGCCACCUCGCCAGCCCUAUUUAUCUGAUUAUUUAAGUAAAACUUUAAUAAACCAUGACCUACAUUUUCUAUGCAAUUUUAAGAUACUCAGAGUUAAUAUUUUAAAUAUUGAGGUUCUUGAUUUUUUUAAUGAUCAGCUUUCAAAUUAUAUUUCAGUAUAUACUCUGAGUCUACGUGUAUGCUACAAAAGGUGAAAUGAAGUUAGCUUAUUUUUCAGUGAGUUUAGGCUAUAUUAAGAGUUAGGUAAGUUAGGUAAGGGUGAAACUGCUUUGGGGCCCAGACUGCGCUGGAAUGAACUGUUUAAAUUCAAAGGUAAUUGAUGGCCAGUGUUCAGUUGCUCUAUUUGUAACGUUUGCAUGUUGGUCUGGCUGAAGUAUCAGGAAAACACAAAAUUCAUGAAAAUAGCACCUUUUAUAAUUUUAUACUUUUAUAAAGCACUUGUUAAAGAAGUAUAGCAAAUUUCUAUGUAUUUUAACAUAUAAGUCGCUGCAUUUUAAUGUUCAUUUUUGGUAUAGCUAUGGUAACUUAUAAUAGUCAUUUUUAUAUUCAUAACUUGUUUUCUGAAAGAUAUAGUCAUUAUUAAAAUAAACAUUCAUGUAAAUGGAGUAAAUCAUAGGGGAAUCAAUCGUAAUAAAUACCUUAUAAAUUAUAAACUUGUUUAGAUACUAGAUUUCUAUAACCAUAAAUUUUAUACUGUAAAGUCUGUUUAAAAUAGGGUUUAAUGAAGUUAUUUUAAUUUUUAGAGACUCCCCUCUAAAUAAUUUACUCCUACAUUGUAAAUACAUUGAUGCCAACAAAAUUCCAACUGCUACUAACAAAGGUUUGGUUGGUGAUAAGCUAAUAACAGCUACUUUGUGUAGGAGGUAAAUAUGUGUACUGGAGGGGGUAAAAAUCCAUUUAGGUUAUGGCAAAGAUGGGAAUCAAACUGGAAAACUCAUAGCCCCAUAAAAUUAAUAUUCUUUGUUAAGUGCCAGAGGGUUUAAGAGAACUUCUUGCUUAGAGUUUAUUGAUAAUAAUAAUGCUUCAGAAUAUCCCAUUUAAAUGUACAGUGUAAAUAUGUAAAAUAUGUUACUUCCCAGGCAAGUUUGUGGCUGUAUUGCCACUUAGUGGCUCUUUGUGACUGGCAGUUCUGUAUAUCUGAAACAAAUAAGCUGUAAGCACUUUUGUUAAAACUUUGUCAAAUAAUCCUUUUAUGUACUUGUUCUCAGACCUGUUCUCUGGUUAUGAAAUGUGUUAAAGACAAGGUGCAAAUUUAAAACAAUGCCUGUAUUAAAAUAAAUGACUUAAACAGA